GUUUUAUGUGGAAAAGAUCUUUAUAUAUAGGCCUGCCUUCUGAGUUUUGCAGAGACCAACUUUGGCUGAUUCCACACUGAUACCUUGCUUUCUUCCAUCACUUUUCUCACAACAAUCUUUGGUUUCCAAACCCUAUAACCUCUCAUCAAAUGGCAGCUUUUUCUUCCCAAUACUACCAGCCCUUUCUAGUUGACUCCCCCGCAUGCUUCUUAAUUACUCCUCCCAUAAACGACGUGCCUUCUUUGGGGGAGCAUGGCCUUAUAAACACCACCACUAUUACUAAUACCCUUCAUUCUUCUUCUCAUUAUUCUCACAAUUUUUAUCACGAGACUAGCUCUGUUGAUCAAAGCUCCAAGGUUACCAAUACCAUCAGUGACACUGAGCCUUCUGUGGUCAAAAACCACAGUCCUGAGACAUCCAUGGUUGUAGACAAGCUUGAAAAGGGUGAACAGGUCACUCAGAAGGUCACCCCUAUGGUGAAGAAGAGAAGAGCAAAAUAUGGAUCUUCCUUGAGUAGCCCCUUAUCAAAGGAAUCAAUAGAAAAGGGAAACAAGAAACAAAAGAAGAGCAAUGGUGGGAUGAAAGGAGAAAAGAAGCCAAAAGAAGAGAAAAAGGGCCCUGAAGAUCCUCCAACGGGGUAUAUCCACGUUAGAGCAAGAAGGGGUCAAGCAACGGAUAGCCACAGCCUUGCUGAAAGGGUGAGAAGAGAGAAAAUAAGUGAAAGGAUGAAGACACUGCAACGACUUGUGCCAGGCUGUGAUAAGGUGACCGGAAAGGCCCUUGUGUUGGACGAAAUAAUCAAUUAUGUUCAGUCCUUACAGAAUCAAGUGGAGUUUUUGUCAAUGAAACUUGCUUCCGUGAAUCCCAUGUUUUUUGACUUGGCAAUGGAUUUGGACACCCUCUUGGUUAGACCCGAUCAGAAAAUAAAUAUUAUAGCAUCACCAUCACCAUCGCCAUUUCCACUAGCAUGUGCAGCACAAUGCAGACCAAACCAGGCCAUAGCUUUUGCUGACACAACCACCACUACCACCAGCUUCCCCACCGCUAAUAAUAAUGACUAUCUUUUGGAUUAUUCAUCUUCACUUUUUCUUCAAGGCCAGAGACCAAACGUCUUCUUUGAGAAUUUCGGUGGUCAAAUUUGGGACGCAGAAGACCAAAGAGAAAAGUUUGUUCAUCCAUAUGGAUUCGGCAAUAAUUCGUGUUCUUUCAAUUAGUAUCAAAUUCAGACAUGUGUUUCUAGUAGGUUGCGAAAUUCCAAACAAGUACCAGUAUGAAAGAAAAAUGAAAGCUCGGGUUGGUAUCAGUGUAUGAGAAUACGAAUAUGUGAUGAUUUUGAAGGGUUUGGUUAAUUUGGUUCCUACUCAACCAAAUUAAAGAGAGCAUUGAAGAUGGUGAAUAAAGUGCAGCAAAAUUAAUGAAUGAAGAACAGUAGAACACAAAGGACAGAAAAUGCCGACCAAAUAAGGCCAUAUCUUUUGCUAGAUCCCUUGUUCUGUUCCUGUCCAACAACAUGAUGCACAAACUCCAAGACUCUCUGUGUCAAUCCUUCAGACAUGGAAAUUUAUGUCACGUAAAUUAAUUAUUAGGGAAAACUGAUUCUUGUGGUGGCAGUUAUUCUGUUGAUACAGUUAAUUUCACCGUUAUGCAGAAAUGAUAGCUUGAUGCUACUGAUCACUUUGACAAGACAUGCCAAUGCAAUUGCCAUGCAUAUUUUGGUGUAGUUCACUUCAUCUAUAUUUGCAGAAUCUUUAGACUUUUGGCACUA